UGCAAUACCCUCUGUGCAAUGUUUUAACUCGUGCGUGCAUGCCAAGUCACAGCGCACCUAGGAAGAGAAGAAGUUUUAGAAUUGUAAAUUAUGUAUUAAAUCGUACUACAGGAGGAAGACGGAGGCACGCGGAGGCGCCCACCAGCGGAGUGUCACAGGCUUACGCGACACGUAAAUAAGUCGCAUAAGGGCUCCCUGUCUGCAGCAAUGUUCGUGGUUACCAGCCUCGGGGCGUGCGCCGCAUCAUGUGCCGCGACUUGUGCGUGCGCAGCAUGCAGAGGCGUGGCCGGCGGCAUCAGCCGCAGGAGCGCACGUCUGGCGUACUGCGGCAUCUUUUUGAUGACCAUGCUACUGGCAUGGUUGCUGCGGGACUUUGCGGAGCCACUGCUCGACCAUAUUCCCUGGAUCCAUGCAAUUGGGCUGAAACCUAGCAAAGAAUGGUACGGCACGCAAGCUGUACUCCGCGUCAGCUUUGGCAGCUUCGCGUUCUUCACCCUGUUUGCCCUGGUCCUGAUUGGCGUGAAGGACCAGCGUGAGCAGCGCGACGGCUGGCACCACGGCGGCUGGAUGCUCAAGCUCUGCCUCUGGGGCCUGCUCAUCCUGCUGGCCUUCCUCGCACCAAACGGCCUCAUUGGGGCGUAUGGCCAGGUGGCACGCUUUGGGUCGGGUCUCUUCUUGCUGGUGCAGGUCGUCAUCCUCCUCGACUUUUCUCACUCGUGGAACGCGGCCUGGGUCGAGAAGGACGAGCAAAAGUGGUACCUGGCCCUGCUGGGCGUGUCGCUCUUCUGCUUCCUGCUGGCGCUCACCAUGGCGGGCCUGCUGCUGCACUGGUUCCUCCCCGCGGGCGAGGACUGCCAGCUCAACCUGUUCUUCAUCACCUUCUCGCUGCUCCUCGUGGCCGGCUUCACCGCCGCCUCGCUACACCCCGCCGUCAACGGCAGUCUGCUCCCCAGCUCCAUCCUGGCCGUCUACUCCAUGUACCUCUGCUACAGCGCCCUCGCCAGCGAGCCGCGCGCCUACGCCUGCAACGGCCUCGCCAAGCACCUCAACGCCGUCUCCGCCGGCACCCUGGCCAGCGGCAUGCUGCUCACGCUGCUCUCCGUCGUUUACUCGGCGGUGCGGGCCGGUUCUUCCAGCGGCACCUUCCUCUCGCCGCCUGGCUCCCCGCGCGGGUCCUCCCGGGAGCCCAUGCUGCCCACCACGGCAGAGGGCAAGCACGGCCGCGCGGAUCCAAUCGACGAGGUGUCGGAGAGUGACGAUGAUGACGCACCCAUGAUGCGGCGGGGCAAGUCGACAGGGGGUCGCCCCAAGCCUGUGCGCUAUGUGUACAGCUUCUUCCACGUCAUCUUCGCGCUGGCGUCCAUGUACAGUGCCAUGCUUUUGACGGGCUGGGGCUCCGCCGGCAUUGAGGGCAAGGACAUCAUCGACGUAGGAUGGCCGUCCGUUUGGGUCAAGAUCGUGUCUCAAUGGGUGACAGCAGCACUCUACAUCUGGACCAUGGUGGCGCCAAUCAUAUUCCCCGACAGGGACUUCUCGUAGGUAAGAAGUAUGAUUAGCAGCCUUCAAAAUGUAUAAACAUAGCAGAACGAGCCGAAGAAUCGAUGUUUUUUAUUGGCAAUCGACCCUUUUUUGUAACAUUCGAACAUGGUCAGAGGGUCUGCCAAACAUUUAGAGUACAACUGCAGUCUUGACCAGUAUAGACAGGCAGGCUAUAGUCCGAAUUACUGUUCCUAGUGUCUGUGGAUCCCCGUCACGUUGUAUUUUGAGGACUCAUACCUCACAUUAUCGUUGCCAGGCGGCCAGCCAAAGGUUGCCAGGCGGUGGCAAUGGCCUCCCGAUUUGUGCAGCCCAAUCUAACUUUUUUGAAG